AAUUUCAAAAAGAAGAAGAGAACUAACCAAAAGGGAAAUAGCGCGGCACGAAAAUGUAAUGUACAUAUUUAUUUUAAAAGAAAUAACAACUGUGAUCUGUGUUAUUUGUUGUGAAUACAAUUAUUGAAUGAUUUAUUUAUUUGUGAACAACUCCGAACGAGUAUUAGUGAAAUAUAAACAAAAUAGUUUGAGUAAGCAAUUCAAGUGUUACCGGGGUAAAGAAAAUGUUUCGAGCAAGAUCGAAUGGAGGGACCCAUGGCUGAUAGCACUUUUUACUUUCCACAUUUCUAUAUUCAUGAUGGCCCUUCUCACACGAAACUAUGGAAAUUUCCAAGCUUUAUUAUUUUUCUGUUUAUUGUUAUUAGUAUAUUUUUCUGAAAGUAUAAACGAAUUGGCAUCGACUAAUUGGAAGAUUUUCUCAAGGCAGCAGUACUUUGACAGUAAUGGAUUGUUUAUAUCAGUAGUUUUCUCGAUACCAAUACUUAUCAACUGCAUAUUGAUGGUGGGGAGCUGGUUGUAUCAAUCGACCCAAUUAAUGACAAAUCUAAAAGUGGCCCAACUGAAAGAACAAAUCCGAAAAGAACAAGAAAAAGAAAAGCAAAAAAACAAGGAGGAAUGAGACAAAAAACUCGUUUAUAUAUUAAUCUCUCCAACACUUACACAAUCAAUAUUUAGUUUACAUAAUAUAAAGUUGUGGAAAUUAUUUUUUACGGUGGUAAUCAGGUAUUCGGAUUUAGGGUUUUAUUUAUAAAACGUUAGGGCUAUAAAAUUUUUUAGGCUUAUUUUUUUUAUUAUUAUAAUAACCUCUCUGCGAUCCCUGUAGAUAAUUUUAAGCUAAAAUUUUUCUAGAAACAUUCAUUUUAAAAACAUACUUUCCAGAAAAAUUGACUUGCCAGCACUAAAUUUUGAAAAAUAUAUUUUUUUCCCUAAUAUUGAUCUAAAUGAACAAAAUUAAUUCAAAAAAAUUGAUAUUCCCUUCUCUAUUUUGAAUUACAAUAUAAUUGUGUUGAAAUUUAUUAUAAAAAUCUUCAUCAAGUCAUUUCGAAAUGUUGAAAACGUUCAUAUAUAAUGUCCCAACUUUUUACAUACUGAUUACAAUCAAUACUUUUCAUUGAUCAAUCCAUAAUUUCAAUUCCAACCUCAUUAAGAUAAUUUAGGACAAUUUGGACAAAUUUCGGUCUAGAAUUACUUUACCGAAACAUCAAAUCCUCACCAAUGUAAUGACCAAAUACCAUCAGAAUCUCCUUUGUAUCACUAUCUGCUGUUAUACAACCCUUAUUAAUAACUACCUAACCUAAAUUGACUCUCCAAAUAAUAAGCUGGUUUUUAGGAAGGUAUAUCUUCUAUUUGGUUUUCGAUAAACUGUUCUAGUCUAUCGGAAUUGUAGAAAACCUUUCAUCUGAUAAAGAACUCUUUCCCAAUAUUCAUAUUAUGAAAGAACUUUUUCCCUCCCAAUCUUCAUCUGGUCAAAGAACAAUUAUAGUGCAAAAUUUGAAAGUUACAGUUACCAUUUGUUACACGCAGAAAAGAGAAAUAUUAAUUUUGAACCUGGUGUAAAUAAUUGGAGCAUCGUGUGUCUUUUGACUCCUUAUAAUGCAUUUAUGUUUAUAAUUUUUAGCAAUAAGAUUAAAAAAAAAGUUUAAGUACUAAAGUCAAAUUCUGUUUCUACUAACCAAGCAAUGUUUAUAUAUAUAUAUAUAUUUUUUUUUGAUUUAUUUUUGUUGAAUAAUUGACUAGUCACUUUCUGUGUCCCAAAAUAUGCCAUAUGUCAUUAAAACUUGUGAAUUUAAAAAAAAAGACUGAAUGUAAUUGGAAUUGUAGAUGUAUGUAUUUGUUGAUAAAUAUAAGCUUUUUGAGUAGAA